GGUUUAUUGUCAUUGUCAAAGUUGUCGAAUUCCGAUUCCGAUUAGCGACUGCCUGAGUAAUUUUCGAUUGUCUUAUUAUUUUAAGGUACCCAGAUGGAAUAAACUGUUUGAAAUUAAAUAAAUAACAGCUUACACCGCCACGAUGCAGUACACAUCUGACGAAGCCUAUGCACGGCUUAUCAGCCACCAUAUGACUGUACCGCAAAGAAUUAAGGCUACUGGUGACAUAGUAGAUGAAGAUAGUGCUCCUAAUGGAAUAGUGUCGGGCUGGGACUAUGCAAAUGAAAAGUUUGACAUGAAAGUACCUGAAAGGAUACUUGUAGUGGGACAGGAUCAACAUGUUGGUACAAAAGCUCCACCUCGUGAAAUCCAGCUGGAUAAUGCAGUGCUACCAACAGACCCAGGUAUGAUUCGGGUCAGCACACCACCUCGUGUAAUUACACUUGACCAACAUUACUUCCCAUCUGCUGAUGACUUUCCUCAAGGCAUGCCAACUAACUCUCCUCCAAGGAAUUCAAGAAACUUCAGGUCUCAAGGUGAUGGGGCACGUUCUACUACUCCCCGUCCUGAUAAUUUCAAUGAGUCCACUAUGACUGAGUCACGUUUGGUAUUGAGAGACCCAACGCCACCAAUGGGAAAUGGUGAAGGUUUGUCUACUUCUGAGGAGUUGGUACAUCUACGGCGUCAAAUCGUCAAACUUAAUCGCCGUGUAAUGUCAAUAGAGGCAGAGCAACUUCAGCGGCAACAGAAAGAAAAAAUUGCAUAUGCUUUUGGUAUAGCAUACUUGUUAUUUAAAGUUAUUGCUUGGCUGAAUAGAUCCUAAGCGACAUUAGGAGCAGCAUCAUUAAAAUGUAAGAUGAAGUCCUAUCCAUGUACUGUUGACUUUAUGAAUUUUGAAUCACUGGAUUGUUGUUUUAAGAGGCAUUUUCUGUAGAAUGUCACUUUCUGAUGUAGUAAAGGUGGAAGUGUUAUAGUUCAUCAAAGAUUAUUAUUUCUUAGCAUUUAGGAAACACUUUUUUUAUAUAUGUUGUCAGUUGUACCUACAAUACUGCAACUUUUACAGUGAAUACUUACACAAUAUUGAUAACUUUUCUUGCAUUCAUCUACUUUUAAUGAAUUGUUGAGAAGUUUCAUGACCCUCCCUUUAGUGUAUAGAUGUAUGAACUGGGUCAUUUUAUUUGAAUAAAACAAUAUAAGUUAAAA